AUGUCUUCCUCCGUCGCCCCAAAACCGCGGCCCCGGCCGGCGCACACCUCGGGCACAACCCGCCUCGCCUACACGCCGUCGGGCGCGCGCCUCGUCACCGUCGGCUCGAACAACACGAUCCGCCUCUACCGCACCCACCACGACGGCGAGCCCUACAACAUUGACGAAUGCCCCGAGCAGAACUGCGCCGUCGCCGCCGCGGACGACUUCUUCGUCGUCGGCUCCGAGGACGGCACCGUCAGCCUCUACAGCGUCGAGAACACCUCCUUCGAGCGCUACCUCGUCCGCACGUCGCUCCCCGUGCGGGACGUCGCGCUGUCGCCCGACGGCAAGUGGUGCGCCGUUGCGAGCGACGAGCUGACGGUCAAGGUCGUCGACACGCAGGACAACUCGCAGAUCCGCACGCUCAAGGAGCACGGGCGGCCGACGAAGCAUCUGGCCUUCGACCCCAAGGGCGGCAUGCUCGCGCUGGCGUGUACGGACGGGGUCAUCUACGUGUACUCCUUGACGGCGGACACGCCGGAGCUGAUUCGCAAGGUGGACGGCGUCCUCGGACCGUUGGAGUCUGAUUCAGAGAACUCGGCCAAGAUUGCGUGGCACCCGGACGGGAGGGCUUUUGCGGUGCCCACGCCGAUGCACGAUGUGCAGGUGGUGUCCAAGAACGACUGGGAGAAGCAGAGGACGUUUCCGAACGGCCACCUGGGCGACAUCACGGCGAUUGCGUGGUCGCCGAACGGUGCCAUGCUGGCCACGGCGGGCAAGGACGGCAAGCUCCUCAUCUGGGAGACCAAGACGCAGAGCGUGAUCCAAAAGUUCGAUUACAGCAACGUUAUCGACAUUACGUGGCAUCCAAAGGACAACCUGCUGUCCUUCACAACUUCGGACGGCGAGGUCUACAUCUAUCCCAACCUCAUCACCGAGCAGUUUGCUGGCCUGUUGGCCCUGCCGCGCCAGCCUGCACCCUUCAUCCACGACCCUCUUGCCGAGAUCUCCAACAACGCCAGGAGGCCAGAGCCUAACGGCAAGGCGGGAAUCCCAUCGCGACCGAGGCGUGAUUCGCUCGGUAGCUUGGACUCGUUCCUGAACGGCGCAGAUGGCUACGAUGAUGGGGAUGAUUUUGUUGUUGACGACGACGGCGCAGGCUACUCGACAGGGAAGAAGCGGCCUCACGAAGGCGGCGGCGACGGGGAGCGCGCAAACAAGCGCCGUAUGAUGGAGUCAACGCUUCACGAAGCCUUCCAGCCCGGCUCGACACCCUGGCGCGGCAACCGCAAGUAUCUUUGCCUGAACCUGAUCGGCGUCGUCUGGACCGUCGACCAGGACGGCCACAACACUGUCACGGUCGAGUUCUACGACCACGAGCUUCACCGUGACUUCCACUUCACAGACACCUACCUGUAUGACAAGGCGUGUCUGACAGAGCAUGGCGCCCUGUUCGCCUGCCCUCCGCGCGACGAUACCCCCGCCACCAUCUUCUACCGCCCGCACGAGACAUGGACACAGCGGACCGACUGGCGCACCCAACUGCCGAAGGGUGAGGCCGUCGUCGCCAUGUCCCUGAGCGACUCAUUCUUCACCGUCACCACGACGGCAAACUACGUCCGCAUAUACACCCUCUUCGGCGUGCCGUACCGAGUGUACCGCCCCAAGAGCACCCCCAUGGUCACCUGUGCCAGCUGGCGCGACUAUGUCAUCACAAUGGGCAACGGCGCCGUCGGUGCGGACGGCAACGCCCGUCUCCUGUACACGAUCGAGAAUAUCAAGCGGGACGAGAUCUGUCAAAACGAAGAUACGGUCGCACUAACCGAUGGCGCGACGUUGCAGAGCGUCUUCUUCUCGGACAAUGGCGAUCCUUGCAUUUAUGACUCGACGGGGACGUUGCUCACACUGCUGCACUGGAGGAAGCCGUCGCGCGCUUGCUGGGUUCCCCUCCUCGACACAAAGCUUCUCCCGCGCCUGGCAUCUGGGCGCAAGACGGAGACGUACUGGCCCAUUGCCGUGGCCGAUAAUAAGUUCCAUUGUAUUAUCUUGAAGGGCGGGGAUCAGUAUCCUUACUUCCCCCGGCCCCUGCUUUCCGAGUUCGACUUCUCCGUGCCCAUCAGCUCCGCCCCGCUUCCGGCGCCGGCUGCAAACUCGGAAGAGCAGCAGGAGGACGACGAGGAUGAGUCCCGCCGCGAGUCGCGCAAGCUCGAGCAGAAGCUUCUCCUCUCGGGCGUGCAGACGGCCCAGCUGCGCGACCUCAUCGACCACACCGACUCGACGCUCUCGCAGCGGGCUGGCCUGGCGCGCCUCGAGCUCGACUUUGACAAGACCCUGCUCCAGCUGCUGGCCAUCGAGUGCCGGGAGGGCGAGGAGCGGGGCAUGCGCGCGCUCGAGCUGGUGGGUCUCAUGCGCGAUCGGACCGGCCGUAUGAUCGAGGCGGCGGGCAAGGUUGCGGAGCGGUACGGGCGGUCGAUCCUGGGUGACAAGAUCCGCGAGAUCGGAGAGCGGAGGGUCAGCGGUAUGGACCUCGACGACGAGCUUUAG